GGUAUUUUAGAAUGUCAAGGUUUUGGGGUUCGUGCAUGUUUGCCAAAAUAAACAAAAUCAAAGGUCUCACUAUUUGAAUAAUAAGUUGGAUCUACCAAAGUUUUAAUAUCGUCUUUAUUUACAACCUAAGUGACAAAAUGGACUGUGUAAUUAGAAUCAUUGCUGUCGUCGUUGUAGCUGCCACUAUAACAGUUCCUAUUCUCCUUAGGAUGACAAAUUCAGAUGAAAAGCAUGAUCAACCAACGUUUGAAGAGCAGCUUUGCCUGGAUGCUGUUUUAGAGGAAGAAAAUGAAUGCAAAAUAGCCGGUGUUUGGAAAAAUCAAUACUCAUCCUAUAUUCGUCUCACAUGUUCAAACGGUUUUAUCGUUGGGCGAUAUUUCUCCGGCGAUGUCAACGCUGGAUUUUAUGAGCUUGCCGGUAGAUAUCAACUUCCGGACGACCAAACGUGCAUCUUGGGUUGGAUUAUUGCCUAUGAAAACGAACUUUAUGGGAAUUCCAAUUCAACAACCUCUUUCUCCGGUAUCCAUUAUCAGGAGGAGGAAAUGAUUCGCACACAUUGGCUCCAGACGCACAAUCAUCCUCGCGAUAGUCUGUGGAAAACGACCACAAUCAACCAUGAUGAUUAUACAAAAGUUUGCUAACUCUUUCCAAACUCACGCAGCGGCUACUUUCGUUCUCAGAGCAAUCGCGCAAAUCAUGUUAUAAUAGAAAAUAUCAUCAUUCAAUGACUAAGUUAAUUUUGAUACGUUUCAUUCAUUUCAUGAUAGCAAUUUGUUUUGAUUUGUUCAUUUAUAUUAAGAUUUAAAUGGAAUAUAACAUAAACAGCGUUUUCGUGAAAAAAGUGUAUACAUGUUGCUAUUGAUUUCCGUGUCAAAAAUAAAUGGACCUUUUGUUUUGGUGUCUGUUUAUUUUCAUUUUACUGCUUAUACAUAUAUAAAAGGAAAGUGUAUACACUAUGCAUACAUUUUUGAUAAGAAUUUAUUAUUUUGAUUUGUUUAAUUAUAAUAAGAUUUUAAUGCAAUAUUGCGUAAAAAUGUUUCACGAAAAAUGUGUAUUGUUAUUGUUCUGCGUGGCACUGCGUAUUUGAUUGAAGAACUUUUUGUUUUGUUUUCUGUUUAUUUUCAAUUCCAAUUUAAAUACUAACUGUUUACACAUGUCAUUCAUUUCAUAAUAAGAAAUAAAUUUCUUUUUGCUUAAUUCCAAAAAUAUUUUUGUCAAAUAUUGCGUUACUUUGUUGUUGUGAAAAAUGUGUCUUUUUUGCCUGACACUGCGUAGUGGGUUGAAGGUCUUUUUUAAUUUCUGUAAGUACGCAUUUCAAUGCUUAUACGAAUAAUAAAAGUAAAAGUGUU